GCGUGGGUCUGCAGCCGCGGGAGGGCCCGGCGCACAGCUGCGGGGCGCGGCCCCGACUUUUCAGGCCCCGGGCGGGCAGGUGUCCUCGUGCUGCACCCCGUGCGUCCGAUUCGGGGGCCUGCCGGUGCCGAAAGUCGGAGGCUCGGGUUGUAACCGACGUUCCCGUAGAAGCUUGGCUUAAACGCGGGUCCUAACACGAACCGGGACGUUCUUCUGGUUCUGCGGGAAGUGUUGCGGUGGCUUCCUAAGGGUUCCUGCCGAGGAAGAGGCGUGCGGGGCGGAGCGCUGCAGCCCGAGACUGGAAACAUGGCGAGCGUCCAGCACAUCAUCCUCGUCCUCUCAGGAAAGGGUGGGGUCGGGAAAAGCACCAUCUCCACGCAGCUGGCCUUGGCCCUGCGCCACGCGGGCAAGAAGGUGGGGAUCCUCGACGUGGACCUGUGUGGUCCCAGCAUCCCCCGCAUGCUUCGGGCACAGGGCAGGGCUGUGCACCAGUGUGACAGCGGCUGGGUGCCCGUCUAUGUGGACCAGGAGCAGAGCAUCUCCCUCAUGUCGGUGGGCUUCCUGCUGGAGAACCCAGACGAGGCGGUUGUGUGGAGGGGCCCCAAGAAGAACGCACUGAUCAGGCAGUUUGUGUGUGACGUGGCCUGGGGACAGCUGGACUACCUGGUCGUGGACACGCCUCCGGGGACGUCUGACGAGCACAUGGCCACUGUGGAUGCCCUGCGCCCCUAUGGUCCCCUGGGGGCCCUCGUGGUCACCACGCCCCAGCCUUGUCGUCCUCGGUCUCAGGCGGUGUCCGUGGGGGAUGUGAGGCGGGAGCUGACCUUCUGCAGGAAGGCGGGGCUGCAGGUGCUCGGCGUGGUGGAGAACAUGAGUGGCUUCGUGUGCCCGCACUGCGCGGAGUGCACCCACGUCUUCUCCCGGGGAGGCGGCGAGGAGCUGGCCUGCCACGCCGGAGUCCCCUUCCUGGGCUCCGUGCCUCUGGACCCCGAGCUCACUAGGAGCCUGGAGGAGGGUAGAGACUUCAUCCGGGAGUUCCCUGAGAGUCCCGCCUUCCCCGCGCUCCUGUCCAUAGCCCAGAAAGUUCUGACUGAGGCACCUGCUCGGCUCCUCUGACUGGAGUGCCCCGCCUGGGUCCCCCGGCCUCCCACACGAAGACCCAAGCAGAGGGGGUGUGGUGCCGGCAUCUCCCCACCUCAGCCCUGCCCCUGGAGCCAGUGAGUGGCGCCCCCAGGUUGGCAUGUGGCCGGCACGGGAGGAGACGUGGGGCCUGGUGGCCUGAGCUGUGCCCCCGACGGCACGGUCCCGCUGCCCCUCGCGGUGCUGACGCGCCCCGGACCCCGGCCCGGCUGCUCCUGGGCCACAAAGCCCGCGUGUCUGGGAAGUUUGCAGGGGCCUCCGCUGCCCUCGGGGCCCUGGGAGCGGCCGUGACAGGAGGGAGCAUCUCGUGAGGCGCUGAGCUCCUCGCUUAAGAUGAACCCACAAUUAAACUUGUUCCGCCGACGCA